AUGUAUUUGGCAAAUCUUGGUGGGAGAUCCAGAAAGCUAGGACUUGUACCAAAAGAUAAUAUCAAAAUAGAUCGAUAUGGAUUAGAAGAUGUGGAUGAUUUCUUUAAUGAUGAAUCGACUACAAGUCAAGAACAACAAAAGCAAAAACAAUCAGGACAGAAAUUAUCACAGUUGAAAACACGUGUUGAACCUAUUAAAGAGCAACCAUUUGAUAAUAUUGCUAGAAAGAUUAAUUUUAAUGAUGAAGAUGAAGAUGAAACAUUUAAUUUAACUUCAACUAUUUCAAAUAAGAAAUCACCAGCUAUUAAUAAACAAUCUCCAUUGAGAUCUCCAUUGGCUGAACAAGAUUUUGAUUAUAAUCAAUUUGACGAUGAUAUUCCUGAUGAAAAUGAGAGGACAAACAACUAUAGUGUAUAUGAUGAUGAACAACAACAACAAGAAGAAGAAGACGUGAAUGUUCCUGAUUUUAAUAUGAAUGAUACUCCAGAAGAUUCAUUACAAGAAGAAGAAGAGGAAGAAAAGAUGACAAAGAAGAAAAAUAUCAGAUCAGAAACUAAAUCAAAACUGAAAAAAGGAUCAUCUUCAUUUACUAAGAAAAUGGCAUUGGGUAAAACUAAAAGACUACCGUCAUCAUUUACAGAUGAUAUUACAAGUAGUAGUAUUACUGAAUAUAAUGAAUCACCAACAGAACUUGAGGAUGAUAACAUAGACGAUGAAAAAGAUGAAUCAUUUCAAGAAUAUAGUUCGGAAGUGCCGGGAAUGGCAAAAAGUAGAAAUCGAGUUAUAAAUGAAUCAAAUUUACCUUCACCACCACCGGAUAACAACACGACUGGAUUAAGAAGAUCUAAAAGAACACGAAUAAAACCAUUGGCAUUCUGGAGAAAUGAAAGAAUAAUUUAUACUCAAGAUUUCAAUAGUGAUGAAGAUUUUGAUACUAUAUUAGCAAGAGAUAUUCAUAAUAUUCCAUUACAACUGAUUAAAGAAGUUGUACAUAUACCUGACAAUAAUGUUGCUACAAAUAUUCAAACAACAACAACAACAACAAAGAAACGUACUACCAAGAGUAAAAAGAAGCAAAUAAAGAGACCACAAACACCAACUAGCGAUAUGGAUGAUCAAGAACUAUCUGAUGAAGAAGAAAUUUUAUCUGGAACUGAAUGGAUGAAAGAUGAAGAUUGUUUACAAUUGACAGUAAAAGAUAAUGGAGUAUUGAAGAAACGAAAAAUUGCAUACAAUCAAGGUGGAGGUAAUUUUAAACAACAAUCAGAAGAUAAUUAUAAAGUUGCAACUUUAUUUGAUGAAGAUCGAGAUUUUUGUGCUGGUGGGAUGUUGGAAUUACCAAUUGAUGGGUUUAAACCACCUGUUACCGUUACUGGAAGCACAUAUAUGUUUAAUGUUAUUAGUGGGAUGGUAAAAGUUACAUUAAACCAAGAUGAAUUUAUUGUCAAGAAAGGAUGUAAAUUACAAAUACCUGAAGGUAAUGAAUAUUCAUUGAGAAAUGUUGGUAAAUCACAGGCAUAUUUGUUUUUUGUUCAAAUUUCUAAACCUGAAGAAGUUGAAGAUACUUGGUAA